AUGCAGGGUGGGGCGCCCUUUGGCGCCGCGGCGCCGGCUUUGCCCUGUGGGGCGCUGGCGCCCGGCCCGAGGCAGCAGCUGCUUUCCGCAGAAGCCAUUGCGGUGCAUCAGCAGAUGGCAGAGAACUUCCAGAUCGGGGGCUUCACAGCACCUGACCAGGGAUCUCUCGCCGCUGGUAGCAGCCAGUGGAGCGGCAUAGCGCAGCCCAUGCCAUACCAGCAGCAGUUUGCGCAGCAGCCCGUGCCCUCGACGGCUGCCGGCUUCAUAGGCUUGACCUCACCGGCUCCCUACUCGCAGCCGGGGGCGAUCCUCAGCCAAGGGCCUUUCACCUUCCAUGCUGGUCCUGGUCGGCCCGCCCCAGCGCAGGUCUCAGCCUUAUCCAGCGCAGCAGGCUCGUCCACCUCCCUGGACGUGAGCAGCGGCCUGCUGCCUCACAUGCCCUCGACCAUGACGUUCGCGUCCAAUGCCCCGGCGGUGAACUCGGCAAAGGGUGCCGAGAGGGCAUCGCGAAGGUCGACCCUGUGCAAGCAGGCCUUCGACUUCGUAGAUGCUCUCAGGACGGGCCACCUAGAUUGUAGCCAGAACAAGACGGGCCUCAUGAUGGUCUUCCAGCAGCUGGGAGACCUUCCGAUGCCCAAGGACGAGUGGUACACACGAGUCUUUCGCAACUUUGCUGGGGAAGACAAGGACUUGGUUGAUUAUAAGUGUUUCAAAGAGAUUGUCAAGCAGUGGGAUGAGCACCACCAAAAGAAGCGAGAAAAGCAGCAGCAGCAAAAGGAGCAGCAGCAGCAACAGACAUCUAAGCAGCAGCAAAUGCAACAGCAGCAAUUGCAACAGCAGCAGUUGCAGCAGCAGCAAUUGCAACAGCAGCAGCAGCAACAGCAGCUGCUGCUUCAGCAGCAGCAGCAGCAGCUUCAGCUGCAGCAGCAGCAUCAGCAGCUCCAGCAACUUCAGCCACCCGAGCAGAAGCAGGAGAUCUUGCCCAACUCUGGUCGGGAAAGCCAGAAGUCUGCCGAGGGGUCCCAGCUCGCCCCAUCGGUGGACUCCUCUGCUGCAGGCUGGGGCACGCCAGCGGCACAUGCGCAUAGAGCAGUAUCUGCGUCGUCGGACCAUGCCGAGGAGAUUCAGGCCGAGGCUGGGGAGGAAGCAGACGCUGGAGGAGGUCGGGCUCGGCCCUCAAGCGACCAAGUCGCAGUGGAGAAGAUCCGCGAGAUGCCGACCUCGGUUCCCAGCAGAGGAUCACAGGCGCCUUCUCAAGAUGAGUCAGAGGCACCUGAGUCGCUGCUCCGGAACCAGAGCGGCAUCUCGCGGGCCACGGCCGCAAACAUUGCGUCGGAGGUUAUGUUUCCCACCCACGUGGGUCGUCUGGCAAUCUUUGAUGACUAUCUCUUCUGCGGAGACGUGGGCUCUGGCUCCUUUGGCAAGGUCAUGCUGGUUCGGCAUAAGAGCACGAAGCAGCUGAGGGCCUGCAAGGUGGUAGCCGUCCAAACCGCUCUACAGCGGGAGCUCAUGGACAACGAGAUUCGACUCCUCAAGUCGCUGAACCAUCCCCACAUCAUGAAGAUGCACGAAGUCUACUUCGAGCAGGCGUCGGAGAGUGGCCAAGUCGCUAGUGGCAACAUCUACCUGGUGACGGAGCUGUGUGAGGGGGGAGACCUCUUCUCGCGGAUUCUUCAUCACUACGAGAGGUUGAAGCAGCCUAUGACUGAGAGCCACGUGGCGUUCAUGAUGCAGCAGAUCCUCUCAGCAACGAAGUACUGUCACGAUAAGGGAAUCAUCCAUCGUGAUAUCAAGCCGGAGAACAUCCUUUUCGUGGAUAGAAGUGCAAGCUCUCCACUGAAGAUAAUCGACUUCGGCCUUGCAAACUUCCAUGAGAAGAUCCGGGAACAGGCCAAGGAGGUGAAGGUCGCACGGUCGGGAACCAUGGGGCGGCUGGCGCGCAUGCUGCCCUCCGUCAACGGCCGACAUUUAAUUCCCUGGCAUGAGCGCAAGCGCGUCAUGCAGAAAGCGGGCACGCCGCAUUAUAUGGCGCCUGAGAUGAUUGAAGGGUCGUACGACCACAAGGCCGACCUGUUUAGUAUUGGAAUAAUUCUCUGUCAGCUCUUCACCGGUUGGCACCCAUUUUACACGCCAGGCGAUGAUGAAACGGCGGUUCGCGCCAAGAUCUCCAGCCCUGACCCUGUCCAGUUUCCGAGCGAUAUCUGGGCACAAGUUUCCCCCACUGCGUGCGACUUGUGUAGAAAGCUGCUGGAGAAGAACAGCACUAAGCGGCUCUCCGCGUCGCAGGCCUUGGCGCACGAAUGGUUCCGAGACCCAUCGAAGCCAUCGCCCUUCGGAAACGUGGAGGGCCUGAGUGUUUCAAUCUUCGACGGCUUGAAGCAGUACCAGGCUUACAACAAGCUGAAGCGGGCCGUCCUCCAGUUGCUAACACGAGAGCUCAGUGAGUUCCAGAUCCAGGAGCUGAGGGCCAAGUUCAUGGCCUUGGACACCCAUGGCGAUGGGCUCCUCUCGCCCGAGGAGCUUGUUGAGGGAAUGCGCCAUGUCGGCUACGAGAUGAGUACCAAGGAGCUGGAGCAAGUGAUGGCUGCCCUGGACGGAAGCGGCAGCCAGCGCAUCGGCUACAAGGAGUUCAUCUCUGCGCUGAUCGAGCGGCGGGUGAAGUUCGACCGACAGCAGCUUUUCGAGUGCUUCAAGAAGUUUGACAAGCAAGGCAUCGGACGAAUCACCUAUCAGGACGUCAAGAGCGUCAUGUGCAACGCCAUCACCGAGUCGGAGUGGCAGGAGAUCGCUGUUGUGGGAGGUCAACAAGACGCGAGCGAGAUGCCUGAGCUCACCUUCGAUGAGUUUGUUAUCCUGAUGGAGCAGACUGAUUAG